ACCAGCACCGAGUGAGCCUAGCCGCCCAGAUGGAGCGCCCGCAGCCCGACAGCAUGCCCCAAGAUUUGUCAGAGGCCCUGAAGGAGGCCACCAAGGAGGUGCACACCCAGGCAGAGAAUGCCGAGUUCAUGAGGAACUUCCAGAAGGGCCAGGUGACUCGAGAAGGCUUUAAGCUGGUGAUGGCCUCCUUGUAUCACAUCUACAAGGCCCUGGAGGAGGAGAUUGAGCGCAACAAGGAGAACCCGGUCUACGCCCCCCUCUACUUCCCGGAAGAGCUGCAUCGCAGGGCGGCCCUGGAGCAGGACUUGACCUUCUGGUACGGGCCCCGCUGGCAGGAGACCAUCCCCUACACACAGGCCACCAGGCACUACGUGCAGCGACUCCAAGAGGUGGGGCACAGGCAGCCCGAGCUGCUGGUGGCCCACGCCUACACCCGCUACCUGGGCGACCUGUCGGGGGGCCAGGUGCUCAAGAAGAUUGCCCAGAAGGCCUUGGACCUGCCCAGCUCUGGCGAGGGCCUGGCCUUCUUCACCUUCCCCAACAUCGACAGUGCCACCAAGUUCAAGCAGCUGUACCGCUCCCGCAUGAACUCUCUGGAGAUGACCCCUGAGGUCAAGGGGAGGAUCAUCGAAGAGGCCAAGACCGCCUUCCUGCUCAACAUUCAGCUGUUUGAGGAGCUGCAGGAGCUGCUGCCCCGGAACGCUGAGGACCAGAGCCCCUCGCAGCCAGGCCUUCGCCGGCGGGCCGGCAGCGGGACGCAAGGCUUGACGCCCACGGAGACCCCCAGAGGGAAGCCCAGUGUCUUCUCCCAGGCACCACUCAUCCGAUGGGUCCUCACACUCAGCUUUCUGGUGGCAACGGUUGCCAUGGGGCUUUACGCCAUGUGAACGCAGCGCGUUGGCUCCUGGGCCGUGGACUCGAGCGGAGGGCCCUCUUUCUAGAGAGGGCAGAUCCCGUGGGCAUGGGGAGCUGUCCGCUCCUCCCGCACCCCCAUGCCCCCCUCUCUGGCAGGGAGGAAGGAGUCGGCGCCGUCUUCCCAACCAAAAGCACAUCCAGCCGAUGACCUGAACUUCCAUAAUGGACCGAGGGGUCCUGCCGAGCCCUCAGACACCCCCUCCCCCCUCCCCGUUCCUGCAGCAGAGCCCAGAAGACGUGGCCAGAAGUAGCAACCGCCCGAACCUCCAAGCGCCCCGGGUUCACGGUCUGCUUGUUGACGUGCCAUGACCGUUGCCCUGUGGGCACUUUUCAUAUAAAUGUGCCAGGAUGUUG